CCGCUGCAGGGUCCGGCUGCGCCCGCCCGGCUCCGCUGCGGGGAGGAGGCGCACGGCUGAGGCAGUAUCUUUUUAUUCUUAAAAAAAACCACCAGAAGAAAUGUCCAGGCUUUUGAAGAUGUGUUUCUUGUUGAUAUCUGUGAAUCAUGCUGAGAUUACUCACAGUGAGAACUCUGAAGAUUUGCCUCCAUUGUUACACAAAGCUGUGGAGGAAGUAAUAGCUGGGAAAUACCUGAAUGCCCUCCUAGAUAUACUUUAUUUUCAAAGCUCUAAUGUCUGGACAGCAGAUCUGCUUACAAAAGUCAUGGCAUAUUUCCAUGCCCAGGAAGUUAUGUUUACUUUUAGCAGCCUCCAGAUGUCCAUAAAAAGUUACCUGAAGAACCUUUUAUACCAGCCCAGGCAACUACUGUCUGAAUUGCAACAGCUUGAUCAGCACCAGUUCCAAACUGCAAUGAAGUACCUCUUCAACAGCAAGAAGGAGCAUCUUGAAAUAGGACAUAUUAUUCUUGACUGGGGCAAGACUAGAGAGAUAAUUUUUCAAAGCCCAGGAGUAAAUAGGACCUUGUUCCUUGUAACACUGCAUAAAUGCUUCUUGGUUCUGAGCGCCCUGGACUGUGUGGAUAUCCUGAGUCAGGUUUUGUGUGUGUCAGCAGUCAACUAUCUCCAACCUGAUGUCAUUGGAAGUCUCCCAAACCUUCUGCUGGAGGAUGCUUUCAGAAACUUAUCAUCAUUAUUCAAGGACCUCUAUGACAGAACCUCAGCAAGCACUCAGAGAGCUCUCUAUGGCUGGAUGAAGCAGAUUCUACAGAAAUCUUACAACAUGAGUGAGUUCAAUGAAUCAACUUCUUGGGUCAGUGCAGAGAGCUUAUGGAUUUUGGGAAGAUACAUGGUCCAUCUCCCAUUAGAAGAAAUUCUGAAAAUUAGUCUCAAUGAAAUCAGACUGUUCAUUAGCUACGACAAUGCAACAAAGCAGCUGGACACGGUGUAUGAUAUCACACCAGAGCUUGCACAGGCCCUCCUGGAAAGGAUCAACUUGUCAGGAUUUGAUAUGAGGAACACUUCAACUAUAUACAGGCUGGGUUUGUUGGUUUGCUUUUAUGAUGACCUGGAGCAGAUGGAUGCAGCUGUGGCCCGGGCUCUCCUUCAUCAAAUGAUUAAAUGCAAUCAGCUGAGAGGUUUCCAGGCCGAGGUUCAUGAGCUCAAAUCUCAACUCCUGAACAUUGCUGUGCAAAACCAGACAUUGAAUGAUACCCUUGGAUCUCUGUCAGAUGCUGUGGUUGGACUCACUUCAAGUCAGCUGGAAUCUCUGUCACCUGAAGCAGUGCAUAAUGCUGUUGCAACGUUAAACCAAGUCUCUGGGUGGGCAAAGAGCCAAGUUAUGAUUUUAUCCAGUAAAUAUCUCUCUUAUGAAAAGGUUUUAUCAUUUUAUAACGUGAGCCAAAUGGGCGCCUUGGUGACAGGAAUUGGCACCCAGUCACUCCACAGCAUGAACCCCAGGGAGCUGGCUCAGAUUAUUCGAGGCACAACGUCCCAGUACUUGUCUGACUUAUCUCCUGCACAGCAGCAGGGCAUCCUCAGGAAGAUAGCUGCAUCUGGAGAUUUUUCUUCGUCAGUCAAAGAUAUACAAGGAGCUUUCUUUAAAGAAGUCUCUCUUUCUGGUUUAUGGAAUCUAACUGGAUAUAAUUCUUCAAUGCUGAAACAAAAAGAACUAAGAAGCAGCCAGGCUUUGUAUCUGUAUGAAUUACUGUCCAAGGAAAACUAUCCUGUUGACCUCCUAAGCACAGGACAGCUUGUGAAAGGAGUAACUUGUCAAGUCAUUGAAAGUAUGGACACAAACAUAUUUUUAAACAAUUUUAAAUUAUUUGAAAUGAAUCUUUAUCUACUUUCUCCAUAUCAGGUUAAUUGUUUGGCUUGGAAAUUCUGGGAAGUCUCCAAUGCAACCAUUCCUCCUUUCCUCUUACUGGCGCUUCCUUCUCAGUACCUGGAGUACGUUACAGGCCCUUUGUGUGUCCCUUUCCUUGAAAGUCUGGGGAAGAUUGGAAUGGACCUUCUGAACCCAAGUCAUCACAAAAGGGAUGCUGUUCUGCAAAAAGUACUGGAGUGCUUGAACAGCUCCAUUGCUGAUGAAUAUGAUGUUGAUCUCCUUGGAAAUUUAAUCUGCCACUUACCUCCAGCCUUUCUACAUGGCAGAAUGUCCCUGAAGGCAAUGGCAACUGCCCUACAUCGAUUCAAACUUUGCCAACAGCUCAACCAUGAGCAGAAGACUGAAAUUAAAUACAAACUCCUUCAGUUAUAUGGCUCCUCAAACAACUGGACAGCAGAAACAAUAUUAGAUGUUGGACCAUUCAUAGCUCUGCUGUCAAAGGAGGAAUUAAAUGUCCUUACUGUAAAGUUCCCAGAUACCAUUUUACAAAUAGCAAAGACAGUUGGACCAGUUUCUUCAGCUGAAGAGCUUCUGUCAGCUGUGUUCGAGUCAGUCUCCAACAGCACUGGCAGCGUCCACUCGUCUCUCAGCAGAGCUGAUUGCCUGGGAACCAGAGCACCUUCUUCAAGUGAAAUAAUUAAAUUAGGAGAAGCAAAUGUCUUUUGGUCAGUUCAGGAACUGAAAUGCAUGGAUCCAGGGACUUUUGACAAAAACGUGGAACUUCUUGGGGCUGUCUCAGGUUUUAAUAGCUCCCAGCUGACUGCCUUGAAGGAAAAAGCCAAGCAGGUUUGGGGGUUGCUGCCAGACUGGAGGAGUUACCAGAUCAUCUCCCUGGGCCGCAUUGCUCUGGCACUCACUGAACAGGAAAUCACAGAGCUGGACCUGCACUCCAUCGACACCGUGGCUGUUCUUAGUCAGCAAACAGAGUGGACUCUUACCCAGGCAAGAGCUAUUUUGCAAGGUUUUCUAGACGACUCUGGCCAGACCAUCAGCACACUAAAAAGUUUUGACUUAGUUGGAUUAGGAGCUGUUCUCUGUGCUUUGAACUCCACAGAAAUCACAUCCAUAAGGACUACUGAAUUCAGUGCUGCAAUUGCAAGAAUUGGCCUGUUGUUUUGUACCACCCCUGUUCUGAGGCACUUUAAGGAGAUGACAGAAUCUGUGUUUGGUGCUGCUACCAGCUGGAAUGGCUCAAUUUUACAGGAAAUUGGUACUAUAGCAGGUGGUUUGAAUGAGGAUGAAUUAAAAGCUUUUGAUAAAAGCUUGAUGCCAUAUUUCCAGCCAUCAGCAGUAAGACAUAUACCUCCUGAAAUUUUCCAAGCAUUGUCCCCAGAGCAAAUAGCAAACCUGGGCCCUGAGAACGCCGCCAUGGUUACAGGAUCGCAGCGGGAGCGUCUGGAUGCAUCACAGCUCCAGAGCCUGGGGCUGGCACUGGAUGGAGCCAGGACCAGCAGCACAGGGACACAGAGCACUGCAGGAUCUCUCCAGGAGGGGCAAACCCCAGCUCAGAGCAGUGUUCUUCGUUUGAGUGGCUUUGGCAUCUGGCUGUGUGCUGUGUUUACUCUGCACCUGCCUUUCUGAACCCUCAAGGGUUGAGCCUGAGUAUCCUGGAGUUUACAACAGAGAUGCUAGAGAUAAAAGAGUGUCAGCUCAGCUUGAACAGUAGAAUCAAGAGGCUCUGAGAUUUCUGAGUGCGGAGUGGUUAAAUUCUUACAAGCAAGACCUGCAUCUGCCGUCAUUAUGAGAACGAUCUCCUUGCCAUAGCUGUACCAUUAACAAGUAACACAGUAUCCCUGCAAAUACUUAAAAAACAGUUUAAAAUGGCUUAUCUGCAUCCUGAGAAAAUCACUGAAAUAUAGGAUUGUGAGUUAGGUAGAAACUUGAAUUAUAGGGGGGACAGGUAGCAGGGGAUUGUCAUUUGGAGGCUGAUGUCUGCUGCUUUUUAUGUGAGCUAAUUUGGUCACACUCUUGUGUCUUUUUGUUGGGUUUUCUUUUACUUCAAGUGUACAUUCCCUGGAGAGGGGCUGUCCUUCUGUGUGGUGUAGUAGAAACUGCUCUAAAAGUUACUGCUGUUGCAAUAAAAUAGCUUCAUCUCAGGGCUGCUGGUUUAAAUCCUGCUCAGACAAGAAGUGAUAACAGGCUCUUGGAAUUUAAGCACCUCUACAAAACGUCGUUUCCCUGUGGUUGUUUGUAUUCAAUACAGAACUGUUGACACUGAGGGCAUUGGUAAUACUGUGAGUAUUUCAUGUGACAAAAUGCACCAUGGAAACCUGCUUAUGUUCAUCAAGAGACAGUCCUUUCACUCCAGGUGGGAUUGAAGUGUACGCUUGGGAAUACUGAGGGGAAACUGUUCACUUGGCCUACACACUACUAGGACUGUCAAUCCAGUAUUUUCCACAAGACCUAGAAUAAGGAAUUUCUCAUAAUUAUAAACCAUAGGUAUUUUCCUAUGUUUUAUCAGCAUAUGACUUAAGUGUCUAAUAUUAGCUUCUCAUGCCACACCUCAAUAUUUUAAACAAUGAGGGGAAAAAAGAUAUAUUAGAAGUCCUCUGCAUGUGAACAUAUAUUUUGAUCUUGUUCGAAAUUAUUUUAGACCACGAACACAUGGCAGUUUUCCAUUUUGCCAUUGCAAAAGUCUUAUUUUUUUCCAUUGAAAAGUUUAGCUUUUUCAUUCAGGGCUGUACUGUAGUAAAUACCCUUCAAUCUGAAAUUUGUAUUUCUUUAUGGCAAAAAUUACAUCUGGCUUCUCAGCCCUGAAAGUAGAAUUGAAUUUUUUCUCAGGAGGGAAGCAAUAGAAGUGGGAGGGAGGGAGAGCUGGAGGGAAAGAGCCCAGCUGCUGCUGGGGCAAGGUGAAUGUGAGCUCUUGCUGCAGUUGGGAGUAAUAGUUCCUACGACAGUCCUGUAUAUUCUGUAAUUCCUGCAGCAGGGGCUAACUUGAUUUUCAGGGCUUUGUUAUUGGAAUAGUAGGCAGUGAGAGCCAUUUCUCACCCCCUCCUUUCCCUCUUCCCUCUUCAGCAGUCUGCUGCUUUGGGAACUGCCUUUGCCUGUAACCAACCCUGGCAAGUGUGACAUGAUGUUAUAGAUAAUACUACAUGCUUCAGUUCUGCAUUUUAUAAGCUAAGAAUAAUGAUUGCUGCAAACUGCCUGACACUUUUUUCUCUAAUCCUCAUGGUAAGAUUCCAGCUUCUCCAGCUGUGUUUCCUUUUCUGCAUGUGAACAGGAGAUUGAGACUUAUAUUUAAAUAGAAAGAAGUUUGUUUAAUUAAUCCCAGCAAAUACAUGCAAAUGUCCACUAAAACCAAGAAAUGCUUCAGUGGAUCAAACGCAUUACUAAGAUUUAACUGUGUUUUCACAUUAGAAAGUUCUGCCUCACUCAGAUGUGAAAGUACUAAAAGGUUUUUUGAUUUCUAGAAAUUGCCUGACUUGAAUUCUGUGUGCCCUUCUGAAGAUGCAGGAGAGUGAUUUCAUGUCAGGAAGACAGUCAGCAUUUCCAGUUCAGCUGCUUAGGUCAGAUACGUGACUUAGCUCUACCAAGCCCUUCAAAAAUCUAUUUGAGUUGAAAGUGAUCUUCUUCUGUCAAUAUACCUGGGAGUGAUUCUGUUUGCAAUUAUGUGAGUCACAGUUUAGCUUUUAAUUGGAGCAGGAGUGAGCUCUUUGUUUUGU